AUGGAAACCGCUGCUAUCCAUAUCGCUUAUAUCCACUAUCCACAUUUUUUGCAAGUUCAUGCUGCAGCAGCUUUGCCAGCAGCUUUAUCACAGCCACCACCAAACCUUGUACGCUAUGAGACCAACCAUGGAACUGGACUGCUGGAAGGGUCCAGCGACCAGAGCCAUGAUGAAGCAACGUUGACAACGGCGUGGUGCGUCGUUGAGAUGGAUGAGCCGUUGAUAGAAUGA